AUGGACGACUCGAUUUGGAACGCUUUAUGCAAACAGCCCAAACUCAAAGCCUUUUCUGAAAAAUAUGCAAAGCUUGUUUACGAUUCAACCAUACAGCUCCAUCAAUCCCUUCAACCCAUCUUGUCAGCUUUGAAUCUACGCGCCAUUGGGUUGACAAAGUGUGCCAACUUUGAAUCGGCUCUUCGCGAUGCCAAGGUUUUGCAACAACUUGCACCUUUUUCAGCACUUGGAUAUAUACGAGAAGCCGGCAUUUACAGUGAACAAGGACAACAGCUUCAAGUAAUCGAUAUAUGUGACAAGGCAAUGACGAUGGUGGGUACCAUGGAUACCCAGUAUGAUGCAUUGAAACGAGCCAAAACGGAUGCUGAGCAACGCCAAAACACACGCGUCGACUUUAUCAGCCAACUUCCUGUCGAUAUUGUGAUGACAACACUUAUUCCCAUGAUUACGAAUGGUUGUCUUUCGAAUUCAUCAAAGUCAAUCCCUUGCUUGUAUGUAUCAAACGUAUGGCGUGAUAGUAUUAUCAAAUGCUUUGAUGGGUUGCAUUUUGAGAUUGGAGAUGACGACUCCGCCGAUCUUUCAAAAGUCGUCGCGAUUGCUCCCCAUAUCGUGACAUUGGAGGUUAAUCGAUAUUCGAAAGGGACAUGGCUUGGUGAUUUACUACGCAAUAAUGACUUUUCGUCUUUAGAGGAGUUAACCAUUGAGGGCUGCUCGGCUAAUUGCGCUGAUUACUUGGUCUCAUCAUUGAAGCCCAUCGGCAGCACUUUGACACAUCUUCAGAUUGCACACAAUCGAGCGACAACGAUAUCGAUAGAGGACAUUCUCGUCAACUCCCCCAAUCUUGUUUCACUCGAGGUAACGCAAUCAUGCGCAGCAAAUAUCAGCUCCCUCCCAAUGACCACAUGGCCCAAAUUAACAACAUUGACACUUCCAUCGGAUGACAUAUUUACCUGUGAUGAAGCUAUGGCGAUUGGCAAGCGUUUUCCAUCACUCCAGAGCCUCGAAUUUGCCUCUUGCGAAGACAUGGAAGCAACACGUGUUAUCUUGGACUAUUACCCUUGGAUGAACGAUCUCGACUUUUAUGAAUAUGGUUCACGUUUGGGCAUUAGAUUCAAUGCUUAUGGCCGCCGACAUAAAGAUAUUGGAGUUACGAGAUUUUCUUUGGAAAUGACUCAUAUGGCAAGUGCAGCUUUGGAGAGUGUUCUUUAUAUACUAAGGCAGCACCGAAACACGCUUGAAUCCAUCAGCUAUCGUAUGGAUCCAACGAAUGUAUACGAGGGGAUCUACAACAUUGAGUACUCUCGAUUAAGGAGGCUUUACCUUCACGACUCUGGAUGGUGGAUACUGCACAACGCGCCCAUGCUUGAGGAAUUGGAUAUAUAUUGCUCCCUACCUGAUCCAGAAUCACCCGUGUUUGAUACUCUACCAUUGCCACCCAAGCUAAAGAAGCUAGGAUUGACCCUUCCUUGUACCGUUACACGUGUCGGCAGCAGGCCACUCACAAGAUACCUUGAUCUGUACGCCCAUCAUUCCCAUGUGAAAGAGCUUGCCAUAGUGUUUUAUAGCUCCAAGAAUAUCGACGAUGUGCUAGACGCAAUCUUGCACCUUGGGCAACUUGAAUGUUUGAGGAUUGAAUGUACUGGUGAUUGGGAUUCUACUCAAAUGCAACGAUUCUUCGACGGGCUUCCGAAACGAUGUCAAAAUCUAUCCACCUUGAUGAUCAGCUACAAAAACACCCCAUCGACGAGCUCAAUGAAUGCUUUGAAACGGCUUGAACAUUUGGAUGAAUUUGGGUUUUCAAUCAAGGACAUGGAUGACGACGAUGGUUUUUGGCAUGCAAUUCAAUCCUUUUCACAACUCAAAUGCAUUCAUAUCAGCUCAGCAAAUGCAAAGAACAUGUACCGUCUUCAGCGUCUUGAGGAACAAAGACCGGAUUUGAAAUUGAUUAUCCAGAGGUUGCUCCGACCUUGUUGA